AUGGAGAGGAAAAUACUUCCCAUUUACUUUUUGUUGCUGCUUUCUGUUUUCUUGAUUCAGCAAGUUUCUUCUCAAGAUUUAUCAAGCUGUGCAGGGAGAUGUGGGGAAGGGUAUUCUAGAGAUGCCAUCUGCAACUGUGAUUAUAACUGUCAACACUACAUGGAGUGCUGCCCUGACUUCAAGAAAGUCUGCGCUGUAGAGUUUUCCUGUAAAGGCCGCUGCUUCGAGUCCUUUUCAAGAGGGAGGGCGUGUGACUGUGACUCAGAAUGUAAGAAGUACGGCAAGUGUUGUUCCGAUUAUGACAGUUUUUGUGAAAAAGUGCACAGUCCUACAUCACCACCACCUUCAAAGUCUGCACCUCCACCUCCAGGAACAACUCAGACCAUCAAAUCAACAACCAAACGUUCACCCAAAUCAUCAAGCAAGAAGACUAAGAAAGUUAUAGAAUCAGAGGAAAUAACAGAAGAACAUUCUGUUUCUGAAAAUCAGUCUUCCUCCUCCUCUUCCUCAACUUUUUGGAAAAUCAAGUUUUCCAAAAAUUCAGCUGCUAAUAGAGUUAAAGAAGAAACACAAAGACGUAUAUUUUUUUCACUAGCAAAAGAAAACAAGAAGAAAAGAACCCCUAAAACGAAACCUACCCCAGAACCACCAGUAAUAGAUGAAGCUGGAAGUGGACCGGACAAUGGUGAUUUCAAGCUCACCCCAACUCCUAACAUUCCCACCACUCAACAUAAUAAAUUUACCACAACUCCCAAGAUUACAAUAGUAAAACCAAUACUUUCUAAACCCAGUAUUCCACCUAAUUCUGACACAACUAAAGAGACGCCUUUGACAGCCAAUAAGGAGACAACAGAUGAAACUAAAGAGACUUCUACAACAAAUAAACAGACUUCAACUACUGCAAAAGAGAAGACUACUUCAGCUAAAGAGACACAAAAUGCAGAGAAAACAUCUACUAAAGACUUUGCACCCACAUCUGAAGUUCCUGCUACAUCUACACUCAAAGCUGAAACUAUAAGCAAAUCCCCUGCUCUCAUCUCUCCCAAAGAGCCAGAUCCCACCACCAAGGAAUCUACACCUACCACCACCAAGGAGCCAGCUCCCACCACCAAGGAAUCUACACCCACCACCACCAAGGAGCCAGCUCCCACCACCAAGGCAUCUACACCCACCACCACCAAGAAGCCCGCUCCCACCACCAAGGCAUCUACACCCACCACCACCAAGGAACCAGCUCCCACCACCAAGGAAUCUACACCCACCACCACCAAGGAGCCAGCUCCCACCACCAAGGCAUCUACACCCACCACCACCAAGAAGCCCGCUCCCACCACCAAGGCAUCUACACCCACCACCACCAAGGAACCAGCUCCCACCACCAAGGAAUCUACACCCACCACCACCAAAGAGCCAGCUCCCACCACCCCCAGGGAGCCAGCUCCCACCACCAAGGAAUCUACACCCAUCACCACGAAAGAGCCAGCUCCCACCACCACCAAGGAGCAAGCUCCCACUACCCCCAAAGAGCUAGCUCCCACCACCAAGGAAUCUACACCCAUCACCACCAAAGAGCCAGCUCCCACCACCACCAAGGUGCCUGCUCCCACCACCACCAAGGAGCAAGCUCCCACCACCAAGGAAUCUACACCCAUCAACACCAAAGAGCCAGCUCCCACCACCACCAAGGAGCAAGCUCUCACCACCAAGGAAUCUACACCCAUCACCACCAAAGAGCCAGCUCCCACCACCACCAAGGUGCCUGCUCCCACCACCCCCAAGGAGCCAGCUUCUGCCACCCCCAAGGAAUCUACUCCAAGUUCUCCUAAUACACCUGCUCCAACCACCUCAGAGGCCUCUCCUUCAACUAUCACCAUGGAGCCUCCCACUACUCCUAAGGGCCCUGUUGAAUCAACUCCUGAGUCUCCUGUAGAACCCACACCAAAGACUCUUGAAAACAGUCCCAAGGAGCCUGCUGUACCUACAACCAAGGCUCCUAAAGUGACCAAACCUGAAAUGACUACAACAGCUAAAGACAAGGCCACAGAACAAGACACAACUGAUACCAUGGCAUCAUCCAAAAUUACUCUUAAAGCAACAACUCUUGCACCCAAAGUAAUGACAGCAACAAAAAAGACAACUGAAGAGACUACAAGCAAACCUGAACCAACAACAGCUAUACCAAAAGGUACAGCUACUAACGCUCAAGUGACAACUCCUAAACCCCAAAAACCAACCAAAGCACCCAAAAAGCUCACUUGUACCAAAAAGACAAAAACACCUAAAGUGAGAAAACCGAAGACUACACCAACUCCCCCAAAGAUGACAUCAGCAAUGCCUAAAUCAAACCCUACCUCUUUAGCAGAAGCCAAGCUCCAAACCACCACCAGCCCUAACCAAACUCCCAACUCAGAAAUAAUCGAAGUAAAUCCAAAGAAUGAAGAUGCAGAUGCUACUGAAGGAGAAAAACCUCAGAUGAUGAUUCCUAGGCCCCCUGUGUUAACUCCUAUAGUUAUUCCAGGCACUGAUUUCAUAGGGAGAGGACCCAGUCAAGGCAUUGGCAUCAACCCCGUGUUUUCAGAUGAGACUAAUUUAUGCAACGGUAAGCCAGUAGAUGGACUGACUACUCUGCGCAAUGGGACAUUAGUUGCAUUUCGAGGUCAUUAUUUCUGGAUGCUAAAUGCAUUCAGUCCACCAUCUCCACCUCGUAGAAUUACUGAAGUUUGGGGCAUUCCCUCCCCCAUUGAUACUGUUUUUACUAGAUGCAACUGUGAAGGAAAAACUUUCUUCUUUAAGGAUUCUCAGUACUGGCGUUUCACCAAUGAUAUAAAAGAUGCAGGGUAUCCCAAACUAAUUUCCAAAGGAUUUGGAGGACUAAAUGGAAAAAUAGUGGCAGCUCUCACAAUAGCUAAAUACAAGAACAGACCUGAAUCUGUGUAUUUUUUCAAGAGAGGUGGCAGCAUUCAGCAGUAUACUUAUAAACAGGAACCCACCCAAAAGUGUACUAGAAGAAAGCUUGCUAUAAGUUAUCCAGUGUAUGGAGAAACGACACAGAUUAGGACACGUCGAUUUGAACGUGCUAUAGAGCCUUCUCAAACAUACACCAUCAGAAUUCACUAUUCACCCAUCAGAGUCACUUAUCAAGACAAAGGUUUCCUCCAUAAUGAAGUUAAAGUGAGUACACUGUGGAGAGGACUUCCAAAUGUGGUUACUUCAGCUAUAUCACUGCCCAACAUCAGAAAACCUGAUGGCUACGAUUACUAUGCCUUUUCUAAAGAUCAAUACUAUAACAUUGAUGUGCCAACUAGAACAGCAAGAGGCAUUACUACUCGUUCUGGACAGACCUUAUCUAAUGUCUGGUACAACUGUCCUUAGACUGAUGGGCAAAGGAAGAAUCGACUAACUAAAAUGAAGAAAAGAAUGAUAAAUUUUGACACUGAAACACAUUUUAUUAAUAAAGAAUGUUGAUAUAAGCAUACCAAUUUAAAUACAAAAAUGUUUUUCAACUCGACAAUCAUUACACUAAAACAGAUUUGACUAGCUUAUUCACAGUUAUUAUAGUUUAUAGAACACUUAAUUAAUAUUUCCUCUAUUUAUUCCUCCUCUCCCUCCCAUUGCAUGGCUCAUACCUAUAAGAGAGAAAAAGAAUUAAACUGAAUGCAUCUUUUAAAAA